AUAUAGAAAAAAGAAAAUCCAAUCAUUCUUUUCCUGAUAAGAAGAAAUGCAAAAUUUCAACAUUUUACGCGAAAUCAUCAUAAUAUCCUCAUUGUUGUCAUGUAUAACUUGCUUCAAUGAUGAUACUUCGAUACACGAAACUGGUCUCACGUGUGGUUCUUAUCAAUACCCUGCUGAUGGUGGUGGCAACAAGUUAAUGCAAAACUUGAUGGUUGCAUUGGACGCGGUAUCUUUCCAGGUGAAACAACAUGGAUGGGGAGCACAAACAUUAGUCGGAAAUUGGAAUCCGAUGCACGCGUUAGGCCAAUGUCGUCGCGAUCUCAAUCCAACGCAAUGCUAUACUUGUUUCACGCAAGCAAGACAGUUAUUAUCGAGGUGCGCGCCAAAGGUUUCAGGUAGAGUUUACCUCGACGGUUGUUUUCUUCGUUAUGAUAACUACACUUUCUUUGAUGAGGGUGUGGACUUCACGCAUGAUACGAGAACGUGUUCGACGGAAAGAGGAGAGACGGUUAGUCCGAUACAUGUUGAGGCGGUGAUUAUGAAUGUGAGUAAGGGUGCCGGGGAACAUAUAUUUGCGGAGGACGAGGAGGGUGGUGUUUUUGGAUUGGCGCAGUGUUGGGAGACAGUGGAUAAAUGGAGUUGCCAGAGGUGUUUAAGAGAAGCGGCGAAGAAAGUGCAGGAAUGUGUUCCUAGUUCUGAGGGUAGAAGCUUGUUUACUGGUUGUUUUAUCAGGUAUUCGACGCGUAAAUUCUAUAACGACAUCUUUGUGCGGAAUGAUACUUGGACUGGUAUUCCUCCUCCUGUUCCUUCUCGAGGUAGUAACAAUAACUUCAAUUCAAUCAUUAUAGUUACCUCUACAAUUAACAAGAGAAAACAAAUUUAUGUAUCCGAUGAGUACCUCUCAUCGGAUACAUAUAUUAGAAGACCUGUUUAUGCAGGUAUAGUUUUUGAUCAUGUUUACUUUCUCUUACCAUGUUCUUUACAGUUGAAAGGAAAAUUGGUGUAUGGAUAAUCGCUGCAUGUGUAAUAUCCGUAAUUGUAGUCAUCUUACUUAUUGUCCCAGUUAUACUUAUGAGCAAGAAGAGUACAACACCACAUGAAAAAGGGUACAACAGUUUUGGCGCGUCGCCUAGUUUUGCCAUCGUAACUGGUUUCAAUUUUAGGUACGACGUGCUUGAAAGGGCGACAAGUUAUUUCGAUCCUGCAAACAAAUUAGGCCUAAGUGAAGGCGAUGGUUCUGUGUUCAAAGGAACACUCCCCUCAGGAAGAAUCGUUGCUGUCAAACGUUUGUUUUUCGAUACAAGACAGUGGACAGACGUGUUGUUCAAUGAGGUUAAUUUGAUAAAUGGAAUUCAACAUAAGAAUGUGGUGAAACUUUUGGGUUGCAGCAUUGAUGGCCUUGAAAGCCUCUUGGUUUACGAAUUUCUUCCUGGUAAAAGCCUUGAUCAAAUCCUUUUCGAUAAGGACUCAGAAAAUGCUCUACCUUGGGAGAAACGGUUUCAAAUCAUAUGCGGGAUAGCCGAGGGCUUAGCAUACCUUCAUGAAGGAUCUGGAACAAAGAUCAUUCACAGAGACAUAAAAUCUAGCAGCAUUCUACUCGACGAGGCUCUAAAUCCAAAAAUUGUUGAUUUUGGUUUUUCACUUGGUAGUGCUGAAAAUAAAUAUCAUCUUAACACUAGAAUUGCAUACGUGGCUCCAGAGUGUCUCAACAAAGGAGAAUUAACAGAGAAGGCAGAUGUUUAUGCUUUUGGUGUGAUGCUUACUGAAAUUGUUUGUGGUAAAAAGAACUGUGUUUUCCCACAAGGCUCAAAUUCAAUACUCCACUGUGUGUGGAAGAAUUACAAGGCAAACAACAUUACGACAUCGGUUGAUCCUGCUCUACAAGGAAAAAUUGUGGCAGAAGAGGCAUCAAAUGCUCUCCAAGUUUCACUUCUUUGUACACAAUCUUCUCCUCCUCUUAGACCAUCAAUGUCAGAAGUAGUUCAAAUGCUAACAAAAAAAGAGUACAAUAUUCCCAUUCCAAUACAACAACCAUUCAUCAAUUAUACUAGGCUUACUCUAGAUAACCGAACCGCUUCUACCGUGAGCAAUAUGUCAAAUGGACGCGCAAGUUCAAGAUCAUCUUUCCAUAGCACCACUAGUUCGUUACACCAAGGUGAAGAAACAACACUUUUAGAGAGUUCAUUUUCUUCUUCUGCUAAGUUCAAUACUUCAAGGAGUCCUGAUUCAGAUAUCCAAGUAAACAUUGUGGUAGCUCAACCAAGGUAGAUGGACUUCAAGUCUCGUGGAUCAUGAGGAUCAAGAGUGGCAUGUUUUGUUAGUUGAGGACUUGUAGUAAAAGAUGUGCUAUCUAUCACUCUCUUACCAUGUUUAACAAACUGUUGAAAUUCAAAAUCUACUUGAUUUGAGCAUCAAUUUGUAAAUAAAUGUAGUCAUUGGAUAUGGAUGUAGAUAAUUCA